GAAGCUCUAGUCUUGCUACUGCUGUCUCUGUGCUGCUGCCUGUCCAGGGGACUGGGUGGUAAUCGGGACAGUGAGGGGUACCUGGGGACCUAGCCUUGCUACUGCUGUCUCUGUGCUGCUGCCUGUCCAGGGGACUGGGGGGUAAAUGGGACAGUGAGGGGUACCUGGGGACCUAGCCUUGCUACUGCUGUCUCUGUGCUGCUGCCUGUCCAGGGGACUGGGGGGUAAUCGGGACAGUGAGGGGUACCUGGGGACCUAGCCUUGCUACUGCUGUCUCUGUGCUGCUGCCUGUCCAGGGGACUGGGGGGUAAUCGGGACAGUGAGGGGUACCUGGGGACCUAGCCUUGCUACUGCUGUCUCUGUGCUGCUGCCUGUCCAGGGGACUGGGGGGUAAUCGGGACAGUGAGGGGUACCUGGGGACCUAGCCUUGCUACUGCUGUCUCUGUGCUGCUGCCUGUCCAGGGGACUGGGGGGUAAAUGGGACAGUGAGGGGUACCUGGGGACCUAGCCUUGCUACUGCUGUCUCUGUGCUGCUGCCUGUCCAGGGGACUGGGGGGUAAUCGGGACAGUGAGGGGUACCUGGGGACCUAGCCUUGCUACUGCUGUCUCUGUGCUGCUGCCUGUCCAGGGGACCAGACGCAGGCUGGUCCAUGGUUUUGGGUCCAUGGGACAGAAACUGGGAGCGGUGGAGACCAAGCUACAGGGCAGAAAAAAAUAAAAAUAAUGACAAUAAUAAUAAUUUGUUGAGCCUUUACUACACUGUAAUGUUGAGGUUUUAUUACGAAAUCUUUUCUGUUAUUACAGCUCAAGAGGAAGAACUGAAAGCCUUGAAGAAGAGAUUAUCAACUGCCCAGCCAAAGGUGGCCUUCUCUGCAGCUCUCAGAGACUCUGGGGGUGGGCAUAUUGGACCCUUCACAACCAAUACCCCUUUACAGUACAAAAGAGUCUUCUCCAACACCGGCAGUAGCUACAAUCCUGCUACAGGCAUCUUCACAGCCAUGGUCAGAGGGGUGUACUGCUUCCGCUACUCCAUGUACGGCAACAACUCUGGCCGUCCCAACUCUGUCGUGUCUCUGAUGAAGAACGGUGAGAUGCUGGUUACUACGUGGAACACUGAUGACAGUGUGAAUGUCCACGAAAGCGCUAGCAACACAGCGGUAGUGCAAUUGGAGGUGGGAGACGGUGUGUACAUCCAGCUCUGGGCUAACAGGGUCCUCUAUGAUGACCGUAAUAACUACAACACCUUCACUGGGUUCCUAUUGUUCACUGUGUAACAAGACCAGUUGAUUUAACUGAGGUUUUGUAAAAAAUGUAAUUGUGUGACAAGAUAUUAAUUUGGCCACACAGUAUAGGUUUUCAAAACAAAUGCAUCAUAUCUGUAUGAGUGAAACGAAAUAAAAGUGAGUUGGCUUA